UUAUCGCGACGAUGACUGCGAAUCGUACGCCCACUUUAGCUUGUAGCGUUGGGCGACCAGCGUUGGCAGCAUGGUUCCAAUGUUUUUUAUCACCUGUUACUGUGCCUGUCACUUUCGCACUUACAUACUUGUUAGAAAGUGACAGGUUUGGUGACAGGUGAUAAAAAUGCGACCGGACUCACUUUUUGUUUCACGAAUACUUUAUGCGUAAGUAGAUAUUGCUACCAUCCACAAUAAAUGCAUACAGUUGCUUUAAGCUAAGUAGGUACAUAUAGCUAAAAGCAUUCACUGUAAGUAGGUAAUACCUACAUAAAUAGGUAAAUAGAUACAUUUUAGUGGUAACAUUAACAGUACAUUCAACAAAUCAUUUUUAUUCCACUUUUACAAACAUUUCCAACAUAACUUUUUGUGUCAACCCUCCAACUAUUUUUACCUUAACGUAUCCAAAGUCGACUCAUUACAAAAGACAUCCCUCCAUAAAGCCCCGUUUGCCUCGCGUGACCCGCUUCGUUGCCUCUGCCUUUUCAAUCGCUACCCGACCACCAACCAGCUAUGACCUGAUCCAACCCAACCAUGGACCAAGGAUCUUCGUCUAAUCAGGAUCCUCGCUUUGAUUUCAUAGGAUCUUAUGCCGUUAAAUCCUUAAAACUUAAACCAGAAAAAUGGAUGCGCGUUUUAAGCGUGGAAGAACACAGGUCUACCUUAAAAGACUUCGUGGACAAGCCUUUCCCAGUUCUUCUAGUGGUUGUUUUAACUCAUGCUGCUCAGUUAGUACCGGUGGUAUCUUUUCCUUGUUAUCUGAAGAAUAAGGCGGUGUAUUAUGUUAAGAAGAGGCCAGAUGUGGUGCCGAAGGAGAAUUGCUCGGAGAUGAUCAUUUUUGGAGACCUAGCUCCAAGACUCAUCGACGAACUAGCCUCCCUAGUAGAUGAAGUGUUCGUGCCUCUUCUGUCCAAUCCACUCAACCAUGAGGGCUGGCCGCUGGUGGUCUCGCAGGACAUCCUCAAGCAAAUACAUAGCCUCAAAAGUACAGUUUAUGAGGUCAAAGGGAAAGUCAACGGACAAACCGUCCUCCCCAUGCCCGUGGGUGUAGAAUUAGUGUACGAAGCGGAAAAAGGAGUGCUUCGCGGCGAGGAAGUAGACCUGUAUCUGAAGAGCGCUAUAGAAGGAGUGGUCAUAAAGUGGGCACAGCAGAUUAAUGAUGUGAUGAUGGAGGAUUCGUCGCAGGCGUUUGAUAAUGGGCAGAAUCCUGUGCCGACAGUUGAGUUAGCAUUUUGGAAGUCAAGAUUGAGCAAUCUAAACUACAUUUACGAUCAACUGAGAGGCGAUAGAGUUCGUUGCAUGGCGGUUAUACUUGAGAAGACAACUUCAGCUUACUAUCCGUGCUUCAGUAGAUUGUUCAAGAACAUAGUUUCUGCAUUGGCCGAAGCUCAGGAAAUAGAUUUAUAUUUAAGAACAUUAGUGAAGCAUUUUCAAGGUUUAGAAGACACAGAUUUCACAGAAUGUCAACCUCUGUUCCGACCACUGUUCCACGUCAUCUGCAUGAUAUGGAGAGACUCUAAGUACUACUGCAGUUCGUCGAAACUUAUGGUGCUUUUGAAACAGAUUUGUAAUUUGCUUAUAUAUCAGGCAAAAAAAUGCUUAGACCCAAGCACGUUAUUCCACAGCGACAUUGAUGAAGCAACACAACGUAUACAAGUUACAAUAAACAUACUGAAGAAAUUUCGAAGCACGUUCGAAUAUUUCAAGGAUAAUCUAUCCAAAUAUUUUGUAGACAGAAAUGUUGUACCAUGGACCUUUCACCCAAACGCGGUCUUCGAAAGAAUGAACCGAUUCUUAAACCGACUAAAUACUAUACAGUGGUUUUUCAAAACCGUUAUGGAAUUUCAGAAGCUAGAGAAAAUAGAAAUUGGUGGCAUGAAAGGAAGGGUCCUUAGUGGACAGAUUAGAGAAAUAUCAGCUGAAUUUGAUUCAUAUUUUCACGGGUUUGCCUCUAAAUCUUAUGACGUCUUGGAUCCUGAUGAUAAUAAAUUUGAUGAUGAUUUUAAAGAAUUUCAAGAUAAUAUUGUAGAUUUGGAUCUAAAACUUUCUACAGUAUUAGUCGAGUCUUUUGAUAGCUGUUCUAAUCUAGAGGCAGUUUUCAAGUUAAUCGACAUUAUAGGAUCAAUUCUGGAUCGACCAUUAAUAAAAAAUGAAUUUACCGCAAAAUAUUGUGAAAUACUAGUUAUGCUCGAGAAAGAGAUAGACAUUUGCGAAGAUCUCUUUAAAGAGCAAAGCCAUCGCCUGCAAAAAUACGGGCAUAUGGAGGUGGAUGCGUACCUCCCCCCAGUGGCAGGGGGCCUCCUGUACAUGACGACGUUAGCAGCAAGGAUCACGAAGCCUAUAGCCUGCUUUCGCAGUUUGCCGCACCCGAUAAAGGAUACGGAAGAUGCCUUAAAGCUUUUUGAAAGGUAUGAGAAACUUAUUGAAGAAAUUAACGAAUUCAAGAAGAAAUACUUUAAUGAUUGGACAGUAAGUGUACCAAAAAUUAUUGAAACGAAAACGAAGAAUAUGAUAUUGGCGCGGCAUGGAUCCGAUCUAGUUUUGAAUUUCAGUCCUAUGAUUCUGGACAUUUUAAAAGAAGUACAUCAUUUACGGAACAACCCGGACACUGGAGAGUUACUUCCAAAAGAAAGUUUAGAGUUAUUUGAAAAACAAGAAACUUACAGACAGUAUCGCAUUAAUCUAGGGAUCACAAUAGAUUGGUAUAAUCAGAUUCGAAAAAACAGUCAGAAAGUAGAGUUCGAUUUGGUUGAAAGUGAAAUAAAGGCAAUCGAUUUAAGAAUAGAUAUGGCACAAAAUGAACUAAAUUGGAAAUCUCAAGAUUUAUGGAAUUAUUUACAAGAGUUGCAUACACUAGUUGGCAGUUUGUAUCAAAGAAUGUCUAAAAUACAAGAUAAUUUAGUGGAAAUAAAAUCUGUUAUGAGCACUUGGUCAUCUCAACCAUUAUUUGAAAGAAAAGAAGGUAAAAAGGACACUCUGCUAAAUUUAGAUGAUCGUCAAGAGAAAACUACUAAACGAUAUAGUGAUAUAACUUCAACAGCAGAACGAAUUAGGGAAUUGUUGAAAGAAAAUAUGGAACUGUUUAACAUGCAGGACAAUCAAGAUAGUCAGAUAUGGCUUAACUAUGUAGAAUUUAUUGAUAAUUUAUUCGAGGAGUCAUUGUUUAAGACAAUCGCCACAAGUAUUUGCUACAUAUCUGAACACAUGGAACCUAAAAACAAACUAGCGCCACUGUUUCAAGCUCAGCUGGAGUUGCUUGAACCAGACAUGGUUUUCAAUCCUAGUUUAGAUCCAAAUGAGAAAAAAAGCUUUACAGCUUUGAUAAUGGGUCUUAUUGAUGACAUAUUAAAAAUGGCUACUUUGAUAGAAAGAAUUUAUCCUCAGAAAGAGGAAUCUUAUGCAGCUCAAAUUACUCGUAAUUCUGAUAUAGUAGAAAUGAAGGAUGAUAUUUUAAAUGGUAUAGAAAAGGUCAUAGAAGAUGCAAAUGAAUUUUGCAAAACUUUCGAAAACUACUCAUUCUUAUGGCUAGAAGAAAGAGAUGCAGUUAUGGAAAUCUUCCUUACUUAUGGAAGAAUUCUUGCUCCUGAAGAGAUUGAUAAAAUCGGCUCUGAGGAUAAAGACGUGGUUCCCCCAAAACCAUGUCCACCUAAAAUGGAAGCUUUUAGGGAACAAAUCGAUCAUUACGAAAAUCUUUUUAUGGAUAUUGAAGAUAUUGAACCUUAUAAAGUAUUUAACUGCUGGUUUCAGGUUGAUGUAAGACCAUUCCGUCAAGCUUUGCUUAACACAGUUAGGAAAUGGGGUAAUAUGUAUAAAGAACAUUUGGUGAAUAACGUCACUUCAAGUUUAAGCGAUCUUGGAAAUUUCAUACGUGAAGCAGACGAAGGCUUACUUCAGCCCGUACCAGAAGGAAAUUAUGACGCUCUAGUGACAGUGAUGGGGUAUUUAAUGAAUGUGAAAGAGCGUGCAGUGACUACUGAUGAUAUGUUUCAACCUUUAACAGAAACCAUAGAACUGCUCAAAUUUUACGAUAUGGAUAUUCCUGAAGAAGUAAAUGUACUACUACAGGAAUUACCAGAGCAAUGGCAAGCGACAAAGAAAUUGGCUUUAACUGUGAAACAGCAAGUAGCUCCGUUGCAAGCAGCUGAAGUAACAGGGAUAAGGAAGAAAAUCGCAGCCUUUGACAGCCAUGUGACUUAUUACAGAGAAGUUUUUAAGCGAUACGAUUUUUUCAAAUACGAAUGUGAAGAUCCGUAUGCAGUGAUGUCGAAAGUAGAUUAUGAGUUGUUGAACCUGGAAGAAGACAUGAAGGGUAUACAAGAAUCGGGUUCAUUAUUUGAGGUUAAUGUUCCAGAAUUUAAAUUUUUGAAGCAGUGCAGAAAGGAGUUGAGGAUGCUCAAGCAACUUUGGGAUUACGUGUUCAUAGUAAGAACCAGCAUCGAUGAUUGGAAAACUACGCCAUGGCGUAAAAUCGAUGUUGAAAAUAUGGACAUUGAAUGUAAAAAGUUUGCAAAAGAAAUUAGGUUACUGGAUAAGGAAAUGAGAAGUUGGGACACCUAUAUAAAUUUGGAAGCUACCGUAAAAAAUAUGCUAACAUCUUUGAGAGCAGUUGGUGAGUUGCAAAAUCCAGCGAUAAGAGAAAGACAUUGGGACCAACUAAUGAGAAGUACCAAGGUAAGGAUAGUUAUGGAUGCCAAUACGACGCUGGCGGACUUAUUAGCACUCAACUUACACGAAUGCGAGGAAGAAGUGAAGAAUAUUGUAGAUAAAGCAGUUAAAGAGAUGUCAAUGGAGAAAACACUUAAAGACUUAAAUACGACGUGGAGCGGGAUGGAAUUUGAACAAGAAGUUCAUAAGAGAACUGGCUGCAUACUUUUGAGAGCAAGUGAAGAGCUGAUUGAAACAUUAGAAGAAAAUCAGGUUCAACUACAAAAUCUUAUCACUUCAAAAUUCAUAGCUCAUUUCUUAGAAGAAGUGUCAAGCUGGCAACAAAAACUUUCCAUUGCUGACCAAGUGAUCACAGUUUGGUUUGAAGUACAACGCACAUGGACACAUCUGGAGAGUAUUUUUAUGAGCUCAGAAGAUAUUAGGAAACAGUUACCAGAUGAUUCUGCGAGGUUUGACAGAAUCGAUUCCGAAUUUAAGGCGAUUAUUUUCCAGAUUUUAUCAACGGACAUGUCCAAAACUCCAAAUGUUGUGAAAGGUACAAACAAAGAAGGCUUAGUUGCAAAACUCGACGGCCUUCAAAGCGAUCUAAUUAUCUGUGAAAAAGCUCUAGCUGAGUAUUUGGAAACAAAAAGACUGGCAUUCCCAAGGUUCUAUUUUGUUUCAUCGGCAGAUUUGUUGGAUAUCUUAUCCAAUGGAAACCAAGCAGAUUUGGUAAUAAGGCAUUUGACAAAACUUUUUGAUUCAAUAGCAAAAUUGAAAUUUAUCGAAGCAGCUGACAAACCUGGAAAAAUAGCUGCUGGAAUGAUAGCGAAAGAUGGAGAAUAUGUCCCUUUUCAUGGAAGCUGUGAUUGUACUGGAGCUGUUGAAGUUUGGCUCAAUAGACUGCAAGAUAUCAUGAGAUCCUCCAUACGAAAUUACUUCGGCGAAGGGAUGGUAUCUUACGAAGAGAAACCAAGAGAACAAUGGUUGUUUGAUUUCAUGGCUCAAGUCUCAUUAUGCGGCUCUCAAAUCUGGUGGACUACUGAAGUUAAUAUGGCAUUUGCUAGACUAGAGGAAGGCUACGACAACGCACUGAAAGACUACUUCAAGAAACAAGUUGCUCAGCUCAGUACUUUGAUUACACUUUUGAUUGGAGAACUCACGAAGCAGGAUCGUCAGAAAAUUAUGACCAUUUGCACUAUAGAUGUACAUUCAAGAGACGUAGUUAGUAAGAUGAUUCAAGGGAAAGUUGAAGCUGGAUCAGCGUUUCAGUGGCAGUCACAACUACGCCACAGAUGGGACGAGAAAGAAUUUGACUGUUUUGCAAACAUCUGUGAUGCACAAUUCAGAUACAGCUAUGAGUAUUUGGGUAACACUCCUAGACUUGUGAUCACACCAUUGACUGACCGAUGCUAUAUUACUCUAACCCAGUCAUUACAUUUGAUAAUGGGAGGAGGUCCUGCAGGACCAGCGGGUACUGGGAAAACAGAAACCACUAAGGACUUGGGAAGGGCUUUGGGUAUCAUGGUCUAUGUAUUUAACUGCUCAGAACAAAUGGAUUAUCAGUCUUGCGGAAAUAUUUACAAAGGAUUGGCACAAACAGGAGCUUGGGGUUGCUUUGAUGAAUUCAAUAGGAUAUCUGUUGAAGUAUUAUCUGUAGUGGCAGUGCAAGUGAAAUCUGUUCAAGACGCUAUUAGGGAUAAAAAAGAGAAAUUCAACUUUAUGGGUGAAAUAAUAAGCUUAGUUCCAUCCGUUGGCAUCUUCAUAACCAUGAAUCCUGGUUACGCCGGUAGAACCGAACUGCCUGAAAAUUUGAAAGCCCUCUUUAGACCUUGUGCCAUGGUGGUUCCUGAUUUUGAAUUGAUCUGUGAAAUUAUGUUGGUAGCAGAAGGGUUUCAAGAUGCCAGAGUUUUAGCGCGGAAAUUUAUAACAUUGUACACAUUAUGUAAAGAACUGCUUUCGAAACAAGAUCAUUACGAUUGGGGCUUGAGAGCAAUUAAAUCCGUGUUAGUAGUAGCUGGAUCUUUAAAGAGAGGCGAUCCUGGAAGACCAGAAGAAGAAGUAUUGAUGAGAGCACUUCGUGAUUUCAACAUACCAAAAAUUGUAACAGAUGAUAUGCCUGUAUUCAUGGGGCUCAUAGGCGAUUUAUUCCCUGCACUUGAAGUACCGAGAAAACGUGACUUGGAAUUUGAAAGGACAGUCAAGCAAGCUGCUAUGGACCUUUCGCUUCAACCAGAAGACAAUUUCAUCUUAAAAGUAGUUCAACUUGAAGAGUUGUUAGAAGUUCGCCACUCUGUAUUUAUUGUAGGCAAUGCUGGUACAGGAAAAACUCAAGUGUGGAAAUCGUUAUUCAAAACCUACCAAAAUCUUAAAAAGAAACCUAUAUUCAACGAUCUGAAUCCAAAGGCAGUGACUAACGACGAACUAUUUGGCAUAAUUAAUCCAGCAACUAGAGAAUGGAAAGAUGGAUUAUUCUCUGUAAUAAUGAGAGAUCAAGCUAAUAUUGUGGGUGAAAAUCCUAAAUGGAUUGUUCUAGAUGGUGAUAUAGAUCCUAUGUGGAUUGAGUCACUCAAUACAGUCAUGGACGAUAAUAAAAUUUUGACGCUUGCUAGUAAUGAACGAAUAGCACUUACUCCUACAAUGAGAUUGAUGUUUGAGAUUUCGAAUCUUCGUACAGCAACUCCAGCUACUGUCUCUAGAGCUGGUAUUCUGUACAUUAAUCCACAAGAUUUAGGAUGGAAUCCAUACGUUACAAGUUGGAUAGAAACUCGAAAAAUACCAGCUGAAAAAUCCAAUCUAGUCAUGCUUUUUGAUAAGUACAUUCCGCCAUGUUUGGAGACGAUAAGAAACAGAUUCAAGAAGAUAACUCCCGUAGCCGAAAUGGCUCAUAUUCAAAUGCUGUGUCAUCUACUAAACUGUUUACUGGUACCCGAAAAUACUCCUGCCGAUUGUCCAAAAGAGUUGCAUGACAUGUAUUUUGUGUUUGCUUGCGUUUGGGCUUUUGGAUCAGCUAUGUUCCAAGAUACUGCUAUUGAUUAUAGAGUCGAAUUUACCAAGUGGUGGGUGAACGAAUUUAAAAAUGUUAAGUUUCCCGCUGGCGGCACAGUGUUUGAUUACUAUAUUGACACUGAAACUAAACAGUUUACAUUAUGGACAGAAAAAGUUCCCAAGUUUGAAUUAGAUUCCGAUAUACCACUACAGGCUGUAUUAGUGCCAACAGCGGAAACCGUUAGAAUAAGGUACUUCCUGGACUUACUAAUGAAGAAUAAACAUCCAGUUAUGUUGGUCGGUGGCGCUGGUUGCGGCAAAACAGUAUUGGUCAACGAGAAAUUACAAGGACUGUCAGAAAACUACGCUGUCCAGUCAGUACCAUUUAAUUUUUACACCUCUUCUGAGAUGCUGCAAAAGGUUCUAGAAAAACCUUUAGAAAAAAAAGCAGGCCGCAACUACGGUCCGCCAGGCAGCAAAACACUAGUUUACUUCAUAGAUGACAUGAAUAUGCCUGAAGUAGACAAUUAUGGAACAGUACAACCUCACACUAUCAUAAGACAACAUUUAGACUACAACCAUUGGUAUGACCGAACAAAACUUUCCCUGAAAGACAUCCAUAAUACCCAAUACGUGUCCUGCAUGAAUCCAACAUCAGGCAGUUUUACCAUCAACCCUAGAUUGCAAAGGCAUUUCUGCGUUUUUGCGAUCAGUUUUCCGAAUACAGAAGCGCUGAACAAUAUUUACCAUUCUAUUUUGAGUCAGCAUGUUACCAAUCCUGAGUUGCGAAUCAGUCCGUCGAUUGGCAAGUUGUCAUCCAAUGUUGUCACAGCUUCUAUAGCGCUACACAAUAAAGUCUCGCAAGUAUUUCUACCCACUGCAAUAAAAUUUCAUUAUAUUUUUAAUUUGAGGGACUUAUCUAACAUUUUCCAGGGUCUCCUAUUUAGUUCUAAUGAAUGUCUUGAAAAUGCAUCAGAUUUAAUUCGUUUAUGGAUGCACGAAACCCACCGUGUCUACGGCGAUAAGCUUACCGAAGAAAAAGAUAUUGAUGCUUUUCUGAAGAUGCAAGUUGAUAUUUGCAAGAAAAACUUUGAGGAAAUAGAUGAAGGUGUGGUAUUCGAGAGACCUAACAUUUUCUGUCACUUUGCUGGUGGCAUUGGUGAGCCUAAGUAUAUGUCAGUCGGUAGCUGGGAGAAGUUGAAUAAAUUACUGACGGAAGCAAUGGCGAGCUACAAUGAUCUUAUAGCUGCAAUGAACUUAGUUCUGUUUGAAGAUGCUAUGAUGCAUAUUUGCAGAAUUAACCGUAUCCUAGAAAGUCCAAGAGGAAGUGCUUUGCUAGUAGGCGUAGGAGGUUCUGGAAAACAAUCACUUUCACGCUUAGCUGCCUUUAUAUCAAGUUUGGAAGUUAUUCAAAUUCAACUAAAGAAAGGUUAUGGGGUCACAGAUCUUAAGAAAGAACUAUCAAAUCUAUACAUCAAAACUGGACUUAAGAAUGUAGGUAUAAUGUUCUUGAUGACCGAUGCUCAGGUAGCCAAUGAGCAAUUCUUAGUUCUUAUCAAUGACAUGUUGGCGUCUGGUGAAGUUGCAGACUUGUUUCCGGAUGAUGAAGUUGAAAAUAUUCUUGCCGGUGUUAGAAAUGAGGUGAAAGGAGCAGGUCUUCCAGACACAAGAGAAGUUUGCUGGAAAUUCUUUAUAGACAGAGUUCGCAAACAAUUGAAAGUUGUAUUGUGCUUCUCGCCAGUGGGUUCUACUUUGAGAGUGCGAUCUCGAAAAUUUCCUGCUCUAAUCAAUUGCACUUCAAUAAAUUGGUUUCAUGAAUGGCCACAAGAAGCUCUUGUUUCUGUGUCUAUGCGGUUUUUGGAGGAACUGAGUGUUUUACCGGUCGCCCUACGGGAUUCAAUUUCUAGGUUCAUGGCAUAUGUCCAUACAUCGGUGAAUACUAUUUCAAAAGCGUAUUUAGCGAAUGAAAGAAGGUACAAUUAUACAACUCCAAAAAGUUAUCUUGAGCAAAUCAGUUUGUAUUCAAAAUUGGUUUAUAAUAAAACUGAUGAACUGCGAGCUAAGAUAACUAGAUUAGAAAAUGGUUUAGAAAAACUACGCAGUACAGCAUCGCAAGUCGAUGAAUUGAAAGCAAAAUUAGCUAUCCAAGAAAUUGAACUGCAACAAAAAAAUGAAGCGGCUGAUAAACUUAUUGAACGCGUUGGCGUUGAAACAGCUAAAGUACAAAGCGAAAAAGCUUUAGCUGACGAGGAGGAAGAAAAAGUAGCAGUAAUUGCAGAAGAAGUAUCUAAGAAACAAAAGGAUUGUGAAGAGGACCUCAUCAAAGCAGAACCGGCGCUUAUAGCUGCACAAGAAGCUUUAAACACAUUAAACAAAGCUAAUCUUACUGAACUGAAGUCUUUUGGUUCACCUCCAGGCGCAGUCACUAAUGUUACGGCUGCUGUGAUGGUGCUAUUAGCUCCCGGUGGAAAAAUCCCUAAGGAUAGGAGCUGGAAAGCAGCUAAGGUUGUAAUGGCAAAAGUUGAUAUGUUUUUGGAGGCGCUUGUGAAUUAUGACAAGGAAAAUAUUCAUCCAGAUGUGAUAAAAGCUAUCCAGCCGUAUCUAAAAGAUUCAGAAUUUGAACCAGAAUUUAUUAGAUCUAAGUCAGCUGCCGCAGCAGGUCUUUGUGCGUGGGUCAUAAACAUAAUCAAAUUCUUUGAGGUGUUCUGUGACGUUGAACCUAAACGGAAAGCUUUGGCAGCUGCUAACGCUGAACUGGCUGCAGCUUCUGAGAAGUUAAAAGCUAUUAAAGCUAAAGUUGCCUCUUUAGAAGAACAAUUAGCAACAUUGACUGCUGAUUUCGAAAAAGCAACAGCAGAGAAGCUAAAAUGUCAACAAGAAGCCGAUGCCACAAAUAGAACUAUUCAACUCGCUAACAGAUUGGUUAAUGGUUUGGCAAGUGAGAAUGUCAGAUGGGCAGAAGCGGUUUCAAAUUUCAUGCAGCAGAGUACAACAUUACCUGGAGAUGUGCUUCUUGUAUGCGCGUUCAUAUCUUAUGUGGGCUGCUUCACUAAACAGUACAGGUUGGAUUUACUUCAUAAAAACUGGCUUGUAUUUAUGAAGACUUUGGAGCCACCUAUACCAAUAACAGAAGGACUAGAUCCGUUAACAAUGUUGACUGAUGAUACGACUAUAGCGAUGUGGCAAAAUGAAGGAUUACCCUCCGAUCGAAUGAGUACUGAAAAUGCUACGAUACUUUCAAAUUCAGAUAGGUGGCCGCUUAUGAUUGAUCCACAACUGCAAGGUGUAAAAUGGAUCAAACAGAAAUAUGGCGAUAAAUUACGGGUUAUACGGUUAGGGCACAAGGGGUAUUUGGAUACUAUAGAGAAAGCUAUUAUUAAAGGAGAAACUGUUUUGCUUGAAAAUAUUGAUGAAACUGUCGAUCCAGUUUUGGAUCCUUUGUUAGGAAGGAAUCUAAUCAAAAAGGGAAGAGCCAUCAAAAUCGGUGACAAGGAAGUAGAGUAUAGUCCUAACUUUAGACUGAUCUUACAUACGAAGCUAGCUAACCCCCACUACAAGCCAGAAAUGCAAGCUCAAACAACUCUAGUCAAUUUCACGGUAACUCGUGACGGCUUGGAAGAUCAGCUACUAGCUGAGGUAGUCAAAGCUGAGAGACCUGAUUUAGAAGAAUUGAAAGCAGAAUUAACAAAACAGCAAAAUGAAUUUAAGAUACAGUUGAAGGGUUUGGAGGAUGAUUUGCUAUCAAGGCUGUCUUCGGCAGGAGAUAAUAUUCUAGGUGACACAGCUUUAGUAGAAAAUUUGGAAACUACGAAGAAAACAGCUGCUGAUAUUGAGAAAAAGGUUGCAGAAGCAAAAGUGACGUCACAUCAGAUAGACCAAGCCCGAGAAUUCUACAGGCCAGCCUCUGCCAGGGCAUCUCUAUUGUACUUCAUCUUAAACGAAUUGAAUACUAUUAAUCCCAUAUACCAAUUCUCUCUGAAGGCUUUCAGCGUUGUUUUCCAAAAAGCAAUAUCCAAAGCAGAACCUGCAGAGGAAGUCAGCCAACGAAUCAAAAAUUUAAUUGACUGCAUCAGUUAUUCAGUGUUUCAGUAUACUUCUAGGGGGUUAUUCGAAUGUGACAAACUUAUUUUUGCAUCCCAGAUGACUUUUCAGGUUCUUCUAAUGAGCGAAGAAUUAUCACCAGCUGAAUUAGAUUUCUUCCUUCGUUUCCCUAUUAAACCCCACGUGACCAGUCCUGUUGAUUUCUUAUCCCACACAAGCUGGGGAGGCAUUUGUUCUCUAGCUGGUAAGGAUGAGUUCAGAAAUCUGGACCGGGAUAUAGAGACGUCUCCUAAGAGAUGGAAGAAGAUUGUUGAAAUGGACUGUCCUGAGAGGGAGAAGUUUCCACAAGAAUGGAAAAAUAAAACAGCAAUUCAGAGACUUUGUAUGUUAAGGGCUUUAAGACCUGAUCGAAUGACAUAUGCAGUGGCAGCAUUUAUUGAAGAAAAAAUGGGUGCCAAAUAUGUUGAAAAUAGAACAGUAGAAUUCAGCAAGUCAUUUGAAGAGACCAGUCCAACUACUCCAAUAUUUUUCAUCUUGUCACCUGGAGUGAAUCCUUUAAAAGACGUGGAAGCAUUAGGGAAAGUAAUGGGAUUUACAGCUGACAACGGGAACUUCCAUAACGUGUCUUUAGGCCAGGGUCAAGAAGUCGUAGCUGAGCAAGCAAUGGAUGAAGCAUUAGCUAAAGGACAUUGGGUUGUACUACAGAAUAUUCAUUUAGUGAAGAAAUGGCUGUCCAGUCUUGAGAAGAAAAUGGAGAGUUUUGCAACAGGGAGUCACGAGAAUUACCGUUUGUUUAUGUCAGCGGAACCUGCUGCUACUCCAUCAGCCCACAUCAUUCCUCAGGGAAUAUUGGAGUCUAGCAUUAAAAUUACUAACGAGCCUCCGACAGGUAUGCAGGCUAAUAUACACAAGGCUUUAGAUAAUUUCAACCAAGAGACUCUAGAAAUGUGUGGCAAGGAAGCAGAAUUCAAAGCAAUUUUAUUCGCAUUGUGCUACUUCCAUGCAGUUGUGGCCGAAAGGAGAAAAUUUGGGCCUCAAGGUUGGAACAAAAUCUAUCCAUUCAAUGUUGGUGAUCUGACCAUCAGUGUGUUCGUUUUGUACAACUACUUAGAAGCUAAUUCCAAAGUCCCGUGGGAGGACUUGAGAUAUCUUUUCGGAGAAAUUAUGUACGGUGGACAUAUAACAGACGAUUGGGAUCGCAGACUAUGUAAUGCUUAUUUGGAAGAGCUGAUGCAUUCUGAUCUGGUCGAUGGCGAACUACAACUAGCCCCAGGAUUCCCAGCUCCCCCCAACACAGACUACGCCGGCUACCACCAAUACAUAGAAGAUGCUAUGCCGCCCGAAUCUCCAUACCUUUACGGCUUACAUCCAAACGCUGAAAUUGGUUUUUUGACUACCACUUCGGAGAACCUCUUUAGGACCAUUUUUGAGAUGCAGCCGAGAGAUGCUCAAGCUUCUGGUGCUACUACAGUUACUAGAGAGGAUAAGGUAAAACAAAUGCUCGACGAGAUUAUGGAGAAGCUACCAGAAGAAUUCAACAUGACAGAAAUAAUGGGGAAGGUGGAAGAAAGAACACCUUAUGUGAUCGUAGCAUUCCAGGAAUGCGAGAGAAUGAAUUAUCUAACAGGAGAGAUGAAGAGGUCGCUGAGAGAGCUGGACUUGGGAUUAAAGGGUGAACUAACGAUAACAUCAGUAAUGGAAGAGCUGGAGAACGCGCUAUUCCUGGACCAGGUGCCUGCUAUCUGGGCCAAUCGGGCUUAUCCUUCGCUGCUGGGUCUUUCGGCGUGGUUUGUAGAUCUGCUGCUUAGGCUGAGGGAGCUGGAAACGUGGGCUACUGAUUUUGUUUUACCAAACUCAGUGUGGCUGGCCGGGUUCUUCAAUCCGCAAAGUCUGCUGACCGCCAUCAUGCAAAGCACCGCGCGUCGUUACGAGCUACCGCUGGAUAAGAUGUGUCUUCAAUGCGAUGUCACCAAGAAAAUGAAGGAAGAGUUCACGAUCGCUGAUUCCAGGUCAGCUCCACGAGAUGGCGCCUACGUCCAUGGAUUACUCAUGGAGGGCGCCCGUUGGGAUGUUCAAGCCGGGAUCGUGAUGGAUUCAAGACUCAAGGAGCUCUUUCCACCCAUGCCUGUCAUCAAUGUUAGGGCUAUCACCCAAGAUAAGCAAGACCUGCGCAACAUGUACGAGUGCCCCGUCUACAAGACCCGCACGAGGGGUCCCACCUACGUCUGGACCUUUAAUUUGAAGACCAAGGACAAGCCCUCCAAGUGGACCCUGGCUGGGGUAGCACUACUGCUCCAAACAUAGAUUGUUCUAGAAGGAAUCAUUCAGAAUAAAGUAGAAUAAACGUCUCAAAAUCGAACUUAACGAUACAAUUAUAAAAUAGGGUAAUUCCGGGGUAGAUGGCCAUAAGGGCGAGAUGGACCAUCGUAAUAUCUCAUGGUUCUGAUGACUAGAUGUCACUAGUUUUUGUUUAGUACGCUUCACAUCAUACUUUAUAGCAAGGAUGUGAUCAAAAUGUCGGCGAAAAAAAUAACUAUUGGGUGUGAUUUAAGCUAUCGGCAGACUUUUCCCAUCCAAAAUUAGUUUCAGUGCCCUGUUUGCUGGUAUUGCGUGGCCUAAAUGGGUCUGGAGAUAAAAAGGCACUUAAAAACCGGACAAGUGCGAGUCGGACUUGCCCACCGAGGGUUCCGUACUUUUUAGUGUUUGUUGUUAUAGCGGCAACAGAAAUACAUCAUCUGUGAAAAUUUCAACUGUCUAGCUAUCACGGUUCAUGAGAUAUAGCCUGGUGACAGACGGACGGACGGACGGACGGACAGCGGAGUCUUAGUAAUAGGGUCCCGUUUUACCCUUUGAGUACGGAACCCUAAAAAUUAAACCAAAUAUAUACUAAACUGAAGAGUUAAGUUAUGGCCAUCUCUACUGUAAUGGUAUAUCACCAUCCCGGUCAUCUCGGGAGAGAUGGCCAAUUAUAAAUUGUUUUUUAAACAAUUUUUCAAACUGAAUUCAAAUAUUUUUUUCCUUUCUUUAUUUUCGAAAGACAAUUGUUCAAAGUUUAUACAGAAAUAAAAAAAAAUUUGAUAACAAAUUAGAUUAUAAUUUUUUAUCGCGUUUCAAAAAAACUAUGGCCAAACUACCCCGGACAUACCCUAUGAUUUCAAGCUAACAUGGUCAUUAAUUUAGGUACAUUAUUAUUUACUAAACCGGGACUUAAUGGCGUAAUAAUUAAGUUUUAAAAUUACCUCCGAUGUUUCGAGGACGGCGUUGUCUCCUUGGUCUCGGAGUCUUAUCCGAAAAUACGCGAUUAAAUUCCAUUUUAGUAAAUAAAACGAGUACAAAUCGUGAAUGUUUAAAUUAAUUUACAUUAAUUGGGUGAAUUAGAAUUAGGGCACUUUGACCCUUAAGAGAAAAUGCCAGAAGAAGGGGUUCUUAAUAAUACGACUUGAAUUGGCUUGUUUCUUUUCGAUUUGUUGGGAGUGGCCAAUUACUAUGAAGUGGCCAAUAACUUUAGCAGUCACCUAUGAUUAUUGUGACAAGCCGAUAUGCUCAAUAAGUGAAAUGCAAUUUAAUCUGGUCACUUGGAAUGGAAUUUAUCAUUGCACCUUAAAACAAAGUCACCCGCCGCAUCUGUCUGUAUGUAUGUUCGCAAUAAACUCUAAAACUGCUAACCGAAUUUUCAUGCGGUUUUACCUACCACUACCCAUUCUUGAGAAAGGUUUAGGUGUAUAAAUUGUUAAGUUUCUACCUGUGCGAAGCCAGGGCGGGGCGCUAGUAUAAAUAAAUAAAUAAUAAUAAAUAAAUAAAUAUUAUAGAACAUUAUUACACAAAUUGACUAAGUCCCACAGUAAGCUCAAUAAGGCUUGUCUUGAGGGUACUUAGACAACGAUAUAUAUAAUAUAUAAAUACAUAGAAAACACCCAUGACUAAGGAACAAAUAUCCAUGCUCAUCACACGAAUAAAUGCCCUUACCAGGAUUUGAACCCGGGACCAUCAGCUUCCUAGGCAGGGUCACUACCCACUAGGCCAACCCGGUCGUCAUAGUAUACUUAUAAAGAGAUCCAUAGUAAUUUUAUCUUAAGUAAUAAUUAUGUAUUUUGUUUCAAAACUGCAGAAGAAAA